UGACGCCUAAAUUAACAAUUCCCUUGAUAGAACGCUGUGCUCUUUAGCCUUCUAAUUGCCGCUAUGAAGUGUCUGUCAGCUUGGAGCAUCGUGAGCCUGCUAGCCUCAUCCAGAGCUUGCCUACUUCCCGAGGAAACAGGCCGUGGCCCCCUACGAGCCGUCCGCAGACAGUUUACCAACAAUUCAGGUAUUCCAGUUGGACCGGGUGAUCGCUUUAACGGUGGCACAAUUGCUCCCCGAGGCUUGGGAACUCAGAAACCCGACACAAACUUGGGCUCUUUGCUAAACGUCCAGGAGAUCAAGAGCGCCCUCGACGGUCUUGCCAAUCAAUAUGGAUUUGACACUUUCACGACACCAUACAUGACAUAUGAGAAUGCAAGCAUAUUCGGGGCCAAGAUCGGUGGAAGACGAAAAUCUAAGCAUGGUCCCCGAGUAUUCUUCAACGCCGCAAUCCACGCGCGCGAGCGGGGGUCCUCGGACAACUUGCUGUACUUCAUCUCCGACCUACUCUAUGCCAACAAGCACAAAACCGGCCUGACGUACGGCGGCCGAACAUAUUCCAGCUGCGAAGUGGGGAAGGCCCUGUCAACCGGCAUUGUUUUCGUGCCCCUAAGCAAUCCCGACGGCGUCGCGUACGACCAAGCAACCAACAGCUGCUGGCGCAAGAACCGCAACCCCGCUGCUGCAACACCAGGCGAUCCGACCUCUGUUGGUAUUGACCUAAACCGCAACUUUGACUUCCUAUGGGAUUUCCCUAAUCUCUUUGAGCCAAGUGUUGGCCCAAAUGCUGCCUCCAGUGACCCGCGUGCGCAAGAUUACCACGGCACCAGCGCAUUCUCCGAGCCCGAGACCAAGAGCAUCAAGUGGGUGAUGCACAUAUUUUCAGACAUUAGCUGGUAUGUGGAUAUCCACUCAUUCGCUGGAGUAAUACUUUACAGCUGGGGCAGCGAUGAGAACCAGUCCCGUAACCCAGGCAUGAACUUUAUGAAUUCGUCUUACGGCGACGUGCGAGGUUUGAUGCCGGAUAAGCCGGAGGAAGGCAUCAUGUACUCGGAGUAUACGCCAAAUAAGGAUUGGGCUGAGAAUAUCUAUACGGCCAUGAAAAUUGGGCACGCGAUGGACGCAACGAUUGGCCGGCACUACGAGGUGACGCAGGCGGCCUAUCUAUAUCCGACGUCGGGAGCGUCGGAUGACUAUUCUUAUUCAAGGCAUUUUAUCAACCCAAGUCUGAACAAGAUCCAUGGCUUCACCGUCGAGUUCGGUUUCGGCAAUGAGGACGCCUCGUGCCCCUUCUAUCCUACGCUCGAGCAGUACCACCAGAAUAUCCUCGAGACGUCGGCAGGCUUCAUGGAACUGCUCUUGUCAGCAGCAGAUGCGGAACUUGGGAAGAACACCUGCCAUUGAGUGUAGUCCAAUUUAGGGGUUAGCAAGAAGGGAAAUGAUGAGACCAUGGUAACUGCGCCCCGGCUAAUAGGUCACGGACCAGAAGACAUCUCAAUUCCUUCUUGUGCAGCGAAGCCUCCACCGUUCAGUAGUUAAUAUCAAUCAUCACUAUUCGACCGUCUGAAGCCAAUUAGGAAGUCGGUCGAUCACCAUCGGACGGUGCUGUGGAAGUCCUUAUCUCUAGUCUCAACUUCGUCGAACGCGAUGCAAUAGCAUCUGCCACUCGGUGGUUUUUGAAGCACCAAGGAAGCGGAAUUGGAACAAAGUCGAUUGUCG